CCUGGUAACAAACCCAAGCUGUCGUAGCACACGCCAGCCGCUAGUGGGCGGUGCGACACAUUUUCCCAAGUCCACAGUGUUUGUCAACAAAUCUCCUGUACUCGCGUUCACUCGUGCAUUUCCGGAACUGUUCGGUUUCUGAACAUGGCGAUGGCCUUACGAAAGUCUUCGUUGUUGUUGAACACAAGGUUGCUCCGUCCGGAGCUCAAAAUUGUCUGCUCGUACCACAAGAAGGUUGUGGACCACUACGAAAACCCAAGAAAUGUGGGCUCACUGGAUAAAAAUGCAAAGAAUGUGGGGACUGGUCUAGUGGGUGCACCAGCUUGUGGCGACGUUAUGAAACUCCAGGUUGAAGUAGAUGAAAACGGGAAGAUCGUGGAUGCCAAAUUUAAGACAUUUGGCUGCGGAUCAGCCAUUGCUUCUAGCUCUCUGGCGACUGAAUGGGUGAAAGGGAAGUCGAUCGAUGAAGCGUUGAGGAUCAAGAACACUGACAUUGCAAAAGAACUCUGCCUUCCGCCGGUCAAACUUCAUUGUUCCAUGCUAGCAGAAGAUGCCAUUAAAGCAGCCUUGUCGGACUACAGAAUAAAACAGACAAAGGAGAAGCAGAGUGUCAAAGCCAGCAGUUAAUUGUGUCCAUAAUGGGUCGGUGCACCUCAGGGAUGUAUCAUGUAUGUUGUCAGAGGACUGUCUAUAAACUGUCGUUACCUUUCUUCCUUAGAGAUUAGUCCUUCCUUACUUUUUUGGGGGGGGCAAAAAAUAUAACAAGCUUUAACAUAUAACAAAUAACAUUUUUUGCAUUAGUGAUGCUACAGUAGUACUAGUAGUGCCGUAUUUACCACCAA